UUUCGAAAAUACCGUUGUCGUCGAUAUUGAUAUUAUUUUCCGUCAAAACAAACRUUCAAAGCAUUUCCAAAUUUAACAUUUCACGUAAUGUAUGUCCUCUUCAAUUCUUCACAAUUUGAGUCAUUGCCACAAGAAAGUUGAACUCGAGGACUAUCGAUAUAUAAGAUUYAUGUUUUGGCUUCGAAAUGAGGGAUUUCUCGUCAACUUUCAUUGUGGAAUUCGUCGUUUUAAAGGACGAAAAAAGAUCUUGUGUCUCUAAAGCGCUGAAUAUCUCAUGCUGAUGCUCAGCCUAACAGAGGAAGCCAAGUUAGGGAUAGUUAGCGGAGCCCUUGCUAUUUUGAUAUUAAUGGUCGUUUGUAUGGUAUGUAAACUGCGAAGACUAAAAAGCAACGGUCCUGAGUAUAAGGACGAUUCUUUGCUGAAGAGGAAACAGAAAAUCAAUAAGUAUCMAUGGAAAAAUACAAAAGACAAGUGUCCUGAAUGUGUACACGAAAACAAGUCAAACACCUACGGGACCUUGAAGGUUAGAACUGCCAGUUUCAUGAGUCCUCGCAGAGAAAAAGGAARCYUGAAAUUUUCUUUGGAAUACAAAGSAAAUUUGAAAAUCCUUUUGCUUCGCAUAAUUCAAGGUYGUAAUCUUGUUGGACGAGAUUUCUGGGAACCAGUAGAUUCCUACGUGCGKGUCAAACUCGAACCAGAUCCUAACGACCUUAACAAAGGACAAACAAAAAUCAUCAGGAAAAAUUUCAAUCCUAAAUACGAUAAGGAGUUUCARUUUAACGUCGAGCUGAACGAACUGAAAGAAACAAUUUUGAAAGUUUCUGUUUGGGAAGUGGAUAGCUAUUCCCGACAUCACGUGAUUGGGGAGAUUAAAAUUGGUCUGGGUGACGUGAUCAAAAUGGAUGAGACUGUGGCUUUGGACAGAGACAUCAAAGAACCACUAAUGGAUCACAGAAAUUUAGGAGAGUUGAUGUUCUCGCUCAGUUACCUCCCUACAGCAGAAAGAUUGUCGAUAGUUAUAAUGAAAGCACGAAACUUGAAUCCACCAUUCAGUGAAUGGAGAUCUGAACCAAGGACUAUAAAUCCGUUUGUGAAAGUAGUCCUACUUUUUGAUGGUCACAAAAUUAAAAAGAAAAAAACCUCAACGCGACAACAAGAAACCAAUCCGGUGUACAAUGAAUCAAUGAUGUUCGAUAUUCCWGUCCAUCUCCUUGACCGCGUCAUUUUCGUCAUAUCAGUGGCUGAUAAAUUGAUUGGCAGUACACGGAGCGAUGUGAUUGGUCGCGUGGUUAUUGGCUCGCCGACGAUUGGUGAAGCGCUGAGUCAUUGGCAUCAAAUGCUGGCGUCGCCUCGUCGACCAGUAGCAGCUUGGCACAGGCUCACAUUGUAAAGCCUUCACAUCAGUUUUAUCGAACCCUGAAACAACCCCUGGGCUGAUCAAAGUCAGGGCGCAGCUAACUCACAGAUUGAACACUGAAACACUUUCUGGGUUGCUCUAAUUCAGGGNGUGGCUAACUGACAGAUUCAGAACAAUGAAACAACCUCUGGACUCUUCCAAGUCAGGGCAUGGCUAACCAUAGAUCAAACCCUGAAACAACCUCCAGUAAAGCCUUCACACCAGUGGCAGCUGCUUGCUUCUCAUCGUUGACUUGUAAUAAGAUUCAUUCAACUCAAUGAUACCAAGAAAUAGAAUACUCUCUGGUUGAUAGCACAUGACGGGCAGUGUUUGCUCUUCACUAAAGACUGGUAAUAAAAAUUUAUUCAUCUCGAUACCAAGCAAUAGUGUUUAAUAAAUUGUGAGCUAUUUAUAGCAUUUACUUUGACAGAAUAUUGACUGCGAUUAAAUUUGUACUUGAGGUAAAACACCUUUGACAAUUUUCUUCUUUUAUUCAAAGCAYUAGCUUCCAAGAUAUCAACAUUGAUACGAAAUUAUUUCGAAGGUUUCAACUCAUACAAAGAAUCUUAAUUUCUAAGGGAAUAAAACAUGGCUGAAAUGGGAAAAUGCUACACAAUCCAAUGAUCAUCACGUGGUCUUUUCCAGUAUUGUGAUUGGUGGAGGUGCGCAUUCGUGGGUUUUGAUUGCCUCAUAAAUAAGAAAGCCAUAUUUAGUGCCACAGUUAGUGCCUAGUGCUACACUUCCCACGCACAUGAAAACUUUUGGAUUGAAUUUUGAUCGAAAAACAACUUAUAAUUCAAUAUAUAAAUAUUGUUGAUAAAUAA